AUGUUUACACCCAAAACUACCUUGGAAAAACCCUUCAAUGGAAGUAGUGAACCAGCUGCUGCUGCUGUUGCUGCUUCUGCUUCAUCAUCAAGUCAUGAGGUUCAAGCUCUUCUUCAGCGUAAUACAUCGCAAUCUGGUGAGCGAAGAGGGCGAAAAAAGGCCGCCGAACCGGGGAGAUUUCUAGGCGUAAGGCGGCGGCCUUGGGGGAGGUAUGCUGCUGAAAUCAGAGACCCAACAACUAAGGAAAGGCAUUGGCUUGGUACAUUUGAUACUGCUCAUGAAGCAGCACUUGCUUAUGAUAGAGCUGCUCUUUCAAUGAAAGGCACACAAGCAAGAACCAACUUCAUAUACACUACUACUCAUGAUCACAACAACACUAGCUAUGAUUUUCACUCUCUCUUGUCUCCUUUUGAUCUCCAAGCUCUUCUGCCACCAUCACAACCAUUCAAUACUACUACUUGUGAUCCUGCUAAGCAAAUCUCCCCCAUUCAAGAAACUACUCCAAUCCAAUCAAACAAUUCAAACUCUAGUACUACAUGGGUUGAAACUUCUUCACAUGAUCUUAUUCAUCAUGAAGAGAGUUUUUUCUUCUCCAAUGGUGAAGAUGAUCAUAAUUCUAACUCAGGCUACUUGGGUUGCAUUGUGCCUGAUAAUUGCUUGAGACCUCCUUCUAGCGGUCCUAGCAAGCCUAGAAGUGGUUCAUAUGAUCAUAGCAUCUCUGCUGAGACUAGUUUUGUCUACUCCUUCACCAGAUAUUGUUACAAAUUCAACAAUAAUGGCUAUUGUGGAGAUGAGCAGUACUACAACUCUUGUGAUUUAUAUUCUGCCAUAUCCAACAACCAAGUGAUGGUAGAAGAUGGUGGUAGCAUGGAUGUUAUGUAUCCGACGACGGUCGUCGACAAUGCUGGUUUUGGGUCAUCUCUUCCUGGUUUUGGUGAUCAAGGAAUUGAUUUUGGCUACUCACUCUUUUGA